AUGAGUAGCGAACAGCAGGAAAACGUGGAUGUUAGAUCAGAUAGUGAUUUAAACAACGAUUUGUCAUCAGGCAACUUCUCCCAUAGUGAAGGCAGCGAUCACGAAGCAGCUGAUUUAUACAACGAUGAUCCUUCUUCAAGUGAUAAAGAAAACAUGCAAGAAGAACAGGAGUCGAAGGGACCUGUGAAUACUGGACAUGAAGGUAAUACCUGGGGCGAAACAGGUGGUGAAAGCUACGACAAGGAAGAGUUUCACCACAUACAAGGAGAUGAGAACAAGGCUGAAAAUAACGAGGAUGCUGAAGAAGAAGAAGAAGAAGAAGAAAAAGAAGAAAAGGAAAACAGCAAUGACGACGAUGAGGAUAGUGAUGAGGAUAGUGAUGAGGAUAGCGAUGAAGAUGGUGAUGAGGAAGAAGACGAAGAUGAUCACGAUGAAGAAGAAGAAAAAGAAGAAAACGAUACUGAAACAAAAGUGGUAGACAGAGCUCAAUCAAAUACGGAAUCCUCAAAAUCAAGCAACGAAAGUUUGUAUUCAGAAGAAACUGAACAAACCUCGGGUGAGCCCGCAAUAAAGAAUGAAAACGUGGAUAAUGAAUUACUGAAUAAGCAAGCUGACUAUAUUCUUCAAAGUACCCUAUUAAACAAUCCAGAAUUCCAUUCAUUAUCUGAUAAAGAAAAAAUUCAAGCUAUCGUUGCAUUGUUAAAUUCCAACCCAGACACUGUAAUGCCAGGAGCUAUCAGAGAACGUAAAAUUUCUGUUCCAGUCCAAACCCCUCAAGAACCCCCCAAACAAAGUAAGUUUCCUAGACCGGAUAUGACUGCUCCUAUGUCUGAACAAGAGCGUGAAUUUUAUUCAAUCUAUUUACGUGGUGAAAACAAAAUUACGGAGAUGCACGACAUUCCACCCAAAUCAAGACUCUUCAUUGGUAACCUUCCUUUGAAAAAUGUUUCUAAAGAAGAUCUUUUUAGAAUUUUUAGACCUUACGGCCAUAUUCUUCAGAUUAAUAUUAAGAAUGCAUACGGUUUCAUUCAAUAUAAUAACCCUCAAAGUGUUCGUGAUGCUAUUGAACAUGAAUCCGAGCAUAUGAAUUUCGGUAAGAAAUUAAUUUUGGAAGUUUCAAGCUCCAAUGCCCGUCCACAAUUUGACCAUGGUGACCACGGUACAAAUGGUAGUUCAACAUUCAUUUCAACGUCUAAACGUCCUUUCCAUACCGAUGAUGAGGAUAUGGAAGGCCCUGAUCUUUACACCGAAACUUACAAAAAAUCAAAGAGAAGAGUACCUUCUUGUGUUAUCUACGUUAAGAGAACUGCUGACAGGAGCUAUGCUAAUCAAGUGUUCAAUCAAAUGAAGAAUAAGACUGGCCUUGAAAUCGACAUGAUCUUCUUGAAGCCACGUAUGGAAUUAAGAAAAUUAGUCAAUGAUGCCGCAUACGAUGGUGUUUGGGGUGUCAUUCUUGUUAAUAAAACGCACAAUGUGGAUGUUCAAACAUUUUAUCAGGGGCCACAAGGUGAGACAAAAUUUGAUGAAUAUAUCAGCGUUUCCUCUGACGAUGCUAUAGCUAUAUUUAGUAACUUAAAGAUGUCAAAGACAAGCGGAAACAACGAAAAUAUGAUGAGGAUGCAAUCCCCCACUUAUGGCGGAUAUCCUCCACAGCAACAAUCAUACUACGGUAACUCUUAUGGUAUGCCACCUCAGCAACCACCUUAUCAACCACAACAAGGUUAUGGGAUGAAUCAAGGUUACAAUGUUGGGCAACAGGGAUAUGGUGCCCCACCACCUCCACAAAUGAAUCAAGGUUACGGUCGCUAUCAACAGGCUACUGUCCCUCCAGCUCCAAUGCCACAGCAACAACCAGUGAAUCAAGGUUAUAGUAGGUACCAAGGCAUGGCCGCACCUGUCCAGCAACAGCAACAACCACAGUUAUCAACUUUAUUAGGCGGCAAUCCUGGGCAAAUGGACCAACAACAGUUGCUAUCGGCAAUUCAAAACCUUCCUCCAAAUAUGGUUUCAAAUCUCUUAGCGGUUGCGCAACAACAACAGCAACAAACAAUGCAGCCUCAAUCUCAGGCACAACCCAACUCUCAACAGUUACUUGGCUUAAUACAGUCCAUGCAAGGACAGAACCAGCAACAAGGUAAUUAUCCCCAACCUAAUCAGGAUUCUAUGAACAGUAAUUACGGUUCGCAGAAACCAAUUAAUUCUCCCAACCAUAACCAGCAAUCUCCCCAAGAUGCUUCCGCUAGUAACAACGUUCAAAGUCUUUUAGACAGCUUGGCGAAACUACAAAAAUAA